AUGAGAGCCGCUGAAGUUGUUGCUUUUGGAACCCUGUUCGCCAGCUGUUUGCUGCUACUGGCAUUGCCUGUACAGUCGGCACCCGGUGAGUUGAACGGGCGUGUGGUGGGCGGUGUGGAUGCCGCGAAGGCGCAGUUUCCCCACCAAAUUUCCCUGAGGAACGCUGGUUCCCACAGUUGCGGAGGAUCCAUCUUGACAAGGAAUUACAUUCUGACCGCCGCUCAUUGUGUGUCCAACGAGGAUGAGAACCAUGUGAUAACUCCUAUUGCCGCCGAGCGUUUUACCAUUCGAGCGGGCUCCAACGAUCGAUUCAGUGGCGGAGUCCUGAUCCAGGUGGCCGAAGUGAUUGUCCAUGAGGAGUACGGAAAUUUCCUGAACGAUGUGGCCCUACUGCGACUGGAAACCCCGUUGAUCUUUUCGGACGCUAUUAAGCCGAUCGCCUUGCCCAACGCUGAUACGCCAGCCGAUGUGGAUGUCAUCAUUUCCGGUUGGGGAAGGAUCAAGCACCAGGGAGAUUUGCCGCGGUAUCUGCAGUACAACACCUUGAAGUCGAUAUCUUUGGACAGGUGCGACGACCUGAUCGGCUGGGGGGUCCAGAGUGAACUGUGCCUGAUUCACGAGGCCAACAAUGGUGCCUGCAAUGGUGAUUCAGGAGGUCCCGCCAUUUACAACGACCAGCUGGUGGGCGUGGCAGGAUUCGUAUGGUCCGCCUGUGGCACCAGCUACCCGGACGGAUAUGCCAGAGUGCACUACCACAAUGACUGGAUUAGGAAGAACACUGAUCUCUAAAUUUGUCAUUUUUUUUUUUUUUAAAUAUAUUAACCAUAAAACAGUUAAA